UUUUGAGCCGACUAUUAGUAUCUUGGCUAAUUUUAAUUGCGGUAUAGGAGUGUGAGUUUGCAUAUGAUUAAAACAACCAAUUUUUAAGAUUUGUUUCAACAAAAAAAUCAGUGCGCGUACUUUGUGGACAACUAAAACGGACUGAUAAGUAAAGACUCUUUUUUAACCUGACACCAGGUUGUGCUUUUAUACGGACUUAAUUCCAUGGAUAUGAACGCCAGUACUUCUACAAACAUUUCUGGGUGCUCUGGUGGAGUAUUCACUAAUUUUCCGAUUGAAUGGGAAAUAUCUAAAUGGAUCCGUUGUGUGGAGUUACUGCUAACAGUUUCCUUAAAUAUUGCUGUAAUAGUCCUUUUAAGCCGGAUUCGGAAACGGUCAAACUUAGUCUUCUUCGUCAUCAAUUUAGCUUUUUCAGAUCUAUGCGUUGGCAUUCUUCACAUACUUCCAUUAACUGUCAAUCAUUUUACAUCCACAUGGGCGCUUGGAUCCGCCAUAUGUAAAUUACAGUUCUUUCUGAGUAAUGUCUCGUUAUAUGCCUCGACAUACCUGAUAGUGAUAAUCGGAAUCGAUAGAUUCCACAGUGUGUUCAAACCUCUAAGUACGGUGCGCCAAAUGCGACAUUAUCGUCUGCUAAUGGUAUUAUCACCAUGGACACUAGGGACGCUUAUUAGUAUACCAGUUCUAUAUUGGACAGUUUUGUACCCUAUAUGUGAACGUGUCAUAUGUACUCCAGAUCUUAGAGGAAUUAGAAAGGUUGUAAUUGUGUCCAAUGCCUUCCUCUUGUUAUUCAUUCCCGCUGUAUUGAUAUUCCUAUGUUAUGGAAUGAUUGUAUUCCUUUUAUGCCAACGAUUAAAAGGACAAAAACACAAUGGUUUUAGAGAACAAGAUUUACUGAGGUCAACACAAACAUCAAAAACAUUUACAAAAGCAAAUAGGAGGAGCACAAUUAUUACAUUUGUAGUCGGAAUAACUUUUAUGUUUUGCUGGAUGCCAUCCGUUUUGGCAGGAUUAUUAAACUUAUAUGGAACUAUUGGUUAUGGUGGAUGGUUUGAUAUUCUGACUGCAUUGUCUCCCUUGAACAGCGUUUUGAAUCCAAUUAUAUUUUUGUCCUUUAAUCACAGAAUGUUUAAACCAUCUGUGUCAUAUAAAUACUCUCGGACAGUUGAGACACGAGCAUGACUAUCGGAACAUAGAAGUUAUAUUAUUGGACAAGUGCACGAGAUGUUGACUUUGAGUAUCAAAAGAGAAGCGAAAGAUUACACAUUAAAUUAAAUAUAAUAAAUCGAUAUUGAACAUUAUAUUGUACACAUGUGUGAUCUUAAUAAUAUCGGCGUACUUGAUCGUCAGAUAAGGAAUAUUUCAAAUAUAAUUUUCACAUGAUUCUAACCUUAUAAAAACAUCAACUCAUGACUAAAAUACAGGUGUAAAACCAAUCUUUCGUAUAUUCAUUCCGAACAUUAAAGCCUUACAUAAUAACCAUUAUCACGGAGUUUUAUCGUCAAACGUAUCUUCACGGUGCUGAAAGCGAUACAUGCACACAAAAUAGACAGGGACAACCUUCGCUGAGGUUAUCGUGUUCUGCACAUCAUAAGUCAUUUGAUAACGUAAAACAAACCGUAUGAAAACAUCAGAAACACUAUAAGUUACAGGUGAAUAAUUCUUCAAAAUGAAUAAAAACAAACGGUUUGUAUACAAAAUGUACAAAGAAAUAUCACUUUGAAACAUCCUGUCAUUCCAAUAGAACGUCAUCAACAGGACACACCAGGUAGUAUAAAAAAUUGGAACCCUAAAUCAUGAUCAUUAUAAAACAAUGUACACAGAUGUCAAUAUAAUAAUACAUUCCAUGCCUUAACCGGAUAUAUUGUGUGUACGCCUGAAUAUUACAGAAAUAUUGAAUAUUUUAAUUUAAUUCACAACAUAUCAUA